AUUCCUCUAUAGGAACACAAUGUAGUGACAUCGCAUCUAUAAGAGAGUUUGAGUUUCCACCACCUACGCUGCUUCAAUUUCUUGUCGGAUCUUCAGGCGCCUUUUAUCACAUACACCCAACAAAACCAUCGACGUUUCUAAGCUCGACAUGACGAUGCCCACAGCCCGUAUCCUCACGAGCCGAGCUUACUGGAAGCCCAGUGUCGACCGCCGCUUUCUGACUUCACUUGCAAAAGCAGCAGUAUCAUCUCCCACUAUCAUCCAACCCUCACCCACCGAGUUACGCCGCGAGGCACUCGACAUGCGCAAUCUCGAAACAGCAGUCCGCCAGCUCCACCAAGACGGCAUCGUAGUCGUCGAAGACGUCGUCCCGCACCGGCAGCUCGAACACCUCAACGCCAAGAUGAUCCUAGAUGCACGUAUACUUCAGGCUCGGGCUGAGAACAGUCCGUACAACUAUAACCAAGGCAAUCUUCAGAUCGAUCCCCCCCCUGUAGCCGAGUAUUUCCACCAAGCUGUAUUCGUCAACCCCAUCGUAACCCAAAUAACCUCCGUCCUCCUCGGCCCCCGCCCUAAACUCACCUUCGUCUCCGCCAACGCCGCCAUGCCCCUUUCCACACAGCGCCAACCAGUCCACUCCGAUGCCGACUUCUCGCACCCCUCCCACGCCUUUGCUCUCGUCGUUAAUGUGCCCCUCGUCGACAUGCGUCCCGUGAACGGGUCCACCGAAGUGUGGCUCGGCUCGCACAAUAGCCUACCCGACGCGCAGGAGGGAGUUCACGGUGAACGGGCAAGCGGGCGGAUCAAGGAGGAGUAUCUGGAGGAGAGGAAAAGUGCUGGUUGUGGACCCGUGCAACCGGUCAUCAAAAAGGGUAGUGUUGUGAUUAGAGACCUGCGGCUCUGGCACGCGGGUAUGCCGAAUAGUACGGAGGAGGUAAGAAUCAUGCUGGCAAUGAUCCACUUUGCGCCUUGGUAUCGGAAUAGAAUGCGGCUGCAGCUCGGGGAGGACGUACGGCCUAUGCUGGAGAGUCUGGAGCGCAAGGGGAAGUUGUUGGGGUUGGAAAUUCCCAUUGAUUGGGUUGGGAGGGAGGAGGUACUGGGGAGUUAUCUGGCACGAGGUUUUGGGAAUAGCUAUGAUUUUGAUCAGGAGGCUUGAGGGGUAUUUAAGAGGCUAGGCGAUGGGGGAUGUUGCCUG